AUGUAUGAUCUACGAAGAAAACAUUUUCCUGUACUUCCAACAUCAUUAGAUAAUGCUUUACAACAGCUGAGGAUUUUAAAAUCUGAUAAAUGUUUCACGUAUAAAAAUCAACAGUUUAUCUAUGCUCCGGCGGAUGCAAAUUUUAUUUGUCUUACAACUGUUCAAAAUAUUAACUUCUUGACUCAAUUUUGUUCAGAAUUAUUUUGCGACGGAACAUUUGACUAUUCACUUAAGUACUUUUUACAGCUAUACAUGAUACACAGUUAUAAAAAUGGAUUUUAUUUACCACUAGUGUAUUUUUUUUUAAAAGACAAAACUCAAAAUACUUACGUAGAUUUAUGGAAUUAUUUUCGACAACUUUGUACAAAAAUCAACAAUAAAAUAUUAGAUAUAAAAAUAAUACACCUGGACUUUGAAAUUAGUGCACAUAAGGCAGUCCUAUUCGUUUUCCCGGAAGUAAAAAUAAUGGCUUGCAGAUUUCACUUAGGACAAUCUUGGUGGGGUAAGAUUCAAAGUGAAUCUGGUUUAAGAGAAGCAUAUAUGGAUUCAAAUGAUGAACUCGGAAAGUGGUUGAAGCAAUUUUUCGCUUUACCUUUCCUUGCAUAG